AUGGAACAAGCAACGCCUAAACAGAUCACCGCAGCCGAGCAUUUCAACAGUUACGCUAGAAAGUACGAGGAAAACACUGGUGGCGCUACAAGAGUCGUAGUACAUCACCUCGCGAAGAUCAGCUCGCCGCUAGCAUCUGGAGCGCGUCUUCUUGAUAAUGCAUGCGGAACCGGCAUCAUGAUAGACGAGGUGUUGGCACUUAUCAACGAUCGCGACGUGAAAGAGAGCAUCCGAGUCACCGCCGUGGGACGCAGCGCCGGCUAUGAUUGA